CAAUAGAAUUGUUUGUAGUUGAAUUAUUUGUUGAUUGCAUGACAUUAAAUGUUCAUUUGUGAUUUAGAUGUUAUGAAUUUUUGGGUUAAACAAAGGCAAUAGAAAAAUGCCGCCCAAAUGCCUCAAAAAUCAAUGAGGAACUUGUUCAACCUUUAACGCCAUCGCGAACUGUAUAUAUAAACGCGUCAAACUGCGUUUUUCUUUUCCUAUUUUCUUAAACCACAAAUAUUCAAUUCAAUGCUUCAUCCUUAUCUACUUCAUUUCUAAUUCAGUUGAAGCUGAAUCCAAGGUGUACACUUGCUGGUGUGGAAUCAUUUUAAAGAAGACUUUUCAAAUUCAUUUUCAUUUUUAAUAGCCAAAGAUGGCUUUAUAUGAGCAUUCAGAUGUUGUUCAAUGGGGUAUGAAUCUUUUCGAUGCCGAACCUAGUUAUAGUCCUGGAUACUAUGGUGACAUAAUUCAACAUGAUACUGGUGAUGUCUAUGAUGAUGAACACUACUUUCACAGCCAUUAUGAUUCUGUAAGUAACCAAGUAGAGAACGAUGAGAUCAUUGCACGUACUCUUCAAGAAGAGUUUUCGCAGCUAGAGAUUGCCGAGAGUUCAAGGUAUUCACAGGCAGAUGAACAACACUUUCAUGCAUCUCAUGAGGCUCCUUAUGAUUGGCAUAACACACCGAUGAUGAACUAUUGUUCAGGAGGUCAUGAUUAUGCUCAUGAAGGAGUUAAUGAAAUAGAACCUUCGAGUUCAUGUUGUAGUCCUUGUGAAGUGGGGGGAUACUCAUUGGAUCUUGUUGACAAUUAUCCAUUUGAUGAUGAUAUUGGGAGGAGAUUGAGUCAGAUAACUCCAAUUCCUCACAUUCCAAAAAUUAAUGGAGAAAUUCCUUCUAUUGAUGAAGCAACAUCAGAUCAUGAAAGACUUCUGGAUAGAUUGCAAUUAUAUGACUUUGUGGAGAAUAAGGUUCAAGGUGAUGGUAAUUGUCAGUUCCGCGCAUUAUCUGAUCAGUUGUAUAACACACCUGAUCACCACAAGUUUGUGAGACGAAAAGUCGUGAACCAGCUGAAGUCUCAUCCAGAUAUUUAUGAAGGUUAUGUUCCCAUGGAAUAUGGUGAAUAUUUGGAAAAGAUGUCUAGGGGUGGUGAAUGGGGUGAUCAUGUCACUCUUCAAGCCGCUGCGGAUUCAUAUGGUGUAAGAAUAUUUGUGAUGACUUCUUUCAAGGACACCUGUUGCAUUGAGAUUCUUCCUAGUUCUGAGAAACCAAAAGGAGUGAUUUUCAUAAGUUUUUGGGCAGAGGUGCAUUACAACUCCAUCUAUCCUCAAGGAGAUAUACUUUCAAGUGAGUCAAGAAAGAAGAAAAGGUGGUGGAGCUUUGAGACCAAGCAUUAAUACUGUGGCUGCCCUAGAGAGCACCAAUUUUCAUUCUGCUGCUCUGCCUAAACUUUUGGUGCCCUGGAAUUUUGGACCAUUGGAUUCUAUAUCCAAAUUCAUCCAACAAUCAAUAAGGAUUCUAAUAUGCAAAUUUUAUCACAUUUCUUUGCUGAUGAUUUUUCCAUUAGUAUUUUGAUUUUCCUUUUUAUUAAAUAUAAAUUUGGGUAUGCUGAGCCAGCUACCUACCAGUGGCAUUUUGGAUAUUUUCUUAAAGAAAUAAGUUUUUAUACAUGAAAGGUUAAAGUGUAUCAGGUAAAUGGUUGAUUUAUGUUUCUUUGUUUUCAUAUAUUUUCACAAGUUUUAAUGUUGUA